AUUAGGUAGGCGGUGAGAAUAGUCUCACCUGACUAAUCCUCGCAGUUGAGUCGUCUGAGAAUAAGCUAAGUUAUUAUUAGCGAGCUGAACCAUCAAUGGCAACUAUUAUUAUGCUUUGGAUAUCGUCUCGUUUCUAUGGCUGGAUCGUUGCAGUUACCACAUACCUUCCAAAGGCGGGUUACAUAUAAAAAACCGUACAGAAAGUCUACGACGGGAUGCACGACCUGCAAAUCACGGAAGAUUAAGUGCGAUGAAGCUCGACCCGUGUGUGGAAACUGUAGGCGACGCUUCACAGAUAAUAGCUGCCAAUAUAUUCAACUAGCAAAACAGAAGGGGCCAUUAUUUUUGGAGCAAGAUAGCUCAUUAAUCGACGUUAAACCACUGACACUAGACUCAACAAACUUUUUGGCCUUGCGGCUCCUGCAUCAUUACACCCAAGCAACAAGGCUCAGUCAAACCUUAGACUGCGCUGUGAAACAUGCGAUGGCACGUACUAUAUGGGAGGACGAUAUUCCACGGGUCGCGUUCACUUCGGAAAUCGUCAUGACUGCACUCUUGGGCAUUUCUGCAUGGCAUCUAUGGGCGCUCAAUUCAGACGACCAGACCUUGGCCAUUGCCUCUAGAUCUUACUUUGGCAAAGCGAUCGGAUUACAGAGAAUGGCAUUACAGCAACAAGAGGUCAUAGACGAUGAGCGGAAUGCAGAGUCUAUAUUUGUGGCUGGUUUCAUUCUGGCUCACCACAACUGGCUUCUGACCCAAACAGGCAAACAUGUAGAUAGCUUUGAUCCCAGUCUCGAAACAUUCUACAUGUGCACGGGACACCGGUCACUGGCUGCGAAGAAUUUGUCUCCUUGGUGCAAGUAUACCACCCUCGGAGAGGCACAUAUUGGUCGCCGUCGCGACAGCGAAAAGCGAUCACAAUUGUCACUACGCCACAAUAAGUUCAUGUAUCGCGCCGAGCAAGACUGCAACAGCCUCCUGCAGUAUAUUAGAGACGCAGGCACCAUCGAUCUCGAGCAAAAGGAGACAUAUAAGGAAGUGAUUGACGAAAUCUGGUGGAUUUACUGGUUGAUUUGUGAUGAACACGACGAUAUAUCGGUGAUUGAGUAUUUAAUAGUUACUUUUCUGCACCGUGUUCCAACCCGCUUCAUCCUGCUGAUGGAACAAAAGGAUCCGAUAGCUAUAGCCCUUCUUGCCCGUCCCAUUGCCUCGCUCCGUCUUCUUGGUGACACUUCAAGCUGGUGGAUUCACGGGACGGAUCAAUUCCGAGUUGAUCAUUUUACAGUCUCCGGGAUCAAACAUAUUUUGUCCCCUGAAUGGUAUUGGAUAAUGGAUUGGCCACUAAGUAUCGUCUUUGAUGAAGUCAAGCUGAACUGAUUUGUUUUUUUUAUUCUUUCAAGAAGUUCAAACGUGAUUCUAUGACUUUUAAGUGGAAGUUUGCUAUUUCUAUUAAGAUUAUAACCCCAAAGUUCAUCGACAACCUGGUUAUGUCGAGCGAAUCGUUGACUCGUUUCUGAAUAAUUAUCACUUUACACCCCUGAUAUAGAGCUCAAUUUCUUCC